AUGAGCGACUCCAGCCAUGUGGUUGGAACCAACUGCAACGGCACCUUCGAAGAAGUGCUGCUGAGAUUGCACUCCCUGGAGAAGCGAGUGGAUCGGAUCGAUGGCAAUGUGCAAGGUUCACCAAACUUCGUGGAACCCACGAUCAAGUUGGAAGAGAAGAUGCUUCAAUUUGAGCUGCAGCUGGGCCAAUUUUCCGGCGUUGUCAGUGGCGUGAAAGAAGCACUUCUCUCUCAGACAGGACAGUGUAGCCGCAUCGAGGAGAAAUGGUCGAGCCAGUUGCAGGCGCUCCAGGCCAACUUGCAAACCUGCGAGCUGCGCUUCACGACGGUGAGCCAACAAGUGGAAAGUUUGUCUAAGAUGGUGUCCAAAGUGACGAAGGAACAGCUCAAGGUUCACGACUCGUCCAAUGAUCCGUCAGUCGAGUCGCUUCAAGAGAUGCUGGUGAAGAUGAGCAGCCGUGUCUCGAACCUUGAAAGUUCCGCGAGGGACAAUCGAGCUGGAACCGCUGCUGGCGUUGCUUCCGAAGUUGUCCCUUUGAGACCUCAGAUCGUGGAGCUGCAGGCCACCACUCAGCGCUUACGUACUGAAAUUCUUGCCGCUCUUUCCAAACUUGAAGAACAAGCAGUGCACGUGAGCUCCUGCCGAAUCCGGCUGGAUGCUCUCGAGGCGGAUGUAGUGCUCGUCUCAACAGCAGAUGCAGCAGAUGCAGAUGCAGAUGAUGAUGCAACAAAUGGCCAUGCAGCAACAGAUGGGUGCAAUGCCCGGGUCUCAACGAAUCCACAGAUGCCCAGUCGCCACAGAUGCUUGCCGCCAUGCAAGCGCAAGCGCAAGCGUUUUCAGGACAAAUGCCGCAAAGUGGGCCGUGUAGAGCUCAGCUCGUGCGACUGCUGGAAUUGA